AUGAAGCCUAAUCAAAAAGUGUUUGAUCAUCUUAAGACUUAUGACUAUUACUUGCCAACUCAUUUGGAUUCUGUAUAGAAAUGGUUUUAUGAAAAAAUGGUUGACAAUUUGGGUUUAGGUGAAAGUUUUAGAACCUCAUUUCUGAGCCAGAUUUCUAAGAUUGGACAAUUAGCACAUAAUGAAUAGCAAUUUAGACAAUUAUUAAAAGAUACUUGGUUUGGUUUUUUUAAUUAAAAGCCUUUGUCUUGUAUUUGCCCAAUGUUUGACAGACAGGAACAGAAUGAAGUCCUUGACUUUAUGUUGAAUGUCUUAAUUGAACCUAAAUAAUACGAAAUCUCUUAUAUAGAUGAAUUGCUCUAAUUAUAUGAAUAUUAUUUACAAGGAAACAGAGGUGUUGUUAGCAUUGUAAACAGGACAAAAUUUAGGAUGAUUCUGAGUAAAUUGAUUUGCAGUAAGUUUAUUCUGAGUCAAGAUGAAAGAUACCAACCUUAAAUUAAACAAUAUUUAUUCGAUCUAUAUCUAAAGAAAAUUGAGUAAUUGGAUGAAAAGGAGAGAAUCCGAGUUGAAUAAAUCACCAAAGCCAAUCUCUUUCACAUUUUAUUUGAAUUAUUGUUUGAUCAAACUGAAGGAUAGGGAAAUAUAUUUAAUCAUCUUAAACGAAUAGUCUUAAUCCUAUUAGAUGAGCAAUCAAAUACAUUUGUAUCCUUUCAAAUUUUUAAGAGUUUCUAUCAAAUGUAUUUAGAAAAGGAGAAAUUCCUCUUUGAUAGAAUUGAUCCCAGAUCUAAUAUAGAUUAUAAUCGAGUUGCUCUUGAAUUACAUUAAAAUUAUAUUGAAAAAAAGGAUCUAAGAGAAGCCUUAAAAACUAUUAUCUACCGAUCAACCUAAAGCACUGAUUACAAAUUAGUUCUACGAGAAUUAGUUACCAGAGACAUCUACAGUAAAGAUAAUGAAUAAAUCUUUUUUUCUCUCUUCAAAGAAUUCGAUCAAAAUAAUUAGCUAAAAUAUCACAGACAAUAACCUAUCGAUCAUGAUCUAAUCUAAUAAAUUAAACUCUUAGGAUUUAAUAAAUUGGAUAAAAGAAAUGAAAUUGAAUUUGAUAACUUCAACUUCUCAAUCAAUCUAACAGAUAAUAACAUUAUUGUUGUAAUCAAUAAAAGAACUAAAUAAAAAGCUAAGUGUUCUAGCAUUAAAGAACUUCAUACAUUUAUGCAGAAUUCCAAUAUUUGAGUAUUAAAUAACUUUACUAUUCUAAAUACUUAUCUUAUG